CAAAAAGGAACAAACUAUAGUGUGGUGACUUCAUUCGAACCAACGUGUCGAAAUAAAGUGCACAUGCUUUUACAGCUUUUUGUCGUCUCUUAUCUUCUACUCUUAUUUUUAUAUUUUUAGAUCCCCAAAAUAAUCAGAAGUCUAGUAGAGUUCACAAAUUCUCCUCUUACAUUAAAACAAAAAAAAUGGUUGACACUAAUAGAGCAGAAGAGCUCAAGGCCUUUGAUGAAACAAAGGCCGGUGUAAAAGGACUAGUCGAUUCGGGGAUAGUUCAUAUCCCCGAGAUCUUCAUUACACCGGACAUAACAGAAAAUGAAUUCAAUGCUCAGAACCUUGAUGUCAACGUUCAAAUCCCGAUUAUAAAUCUUGAGGACAUAAACAAAGGUGAUUUUCUACGUAGGAAGAUUGUUGAAGAGGUUGGUGAUGCAUGUAAGGCAUGGGGAUUUUUUCAAGUUGUGAACCAUGGUGUGCCUCAACAUGUUAUGGAUGAGAUGAUUAGUGGAGUUAGAAGUUUUAAUGAGCAAUCAAAUGAGAUAAAGAUGAGGUUUUAUUCAAGGGAUAAUUUGAAGAAAGUGAAGUUUAAUAGUAAUUUUGAUCUUUAUUCAUCUAAGGCUGCUAAUUGGAGGGAUACUUUAGCUUGUGUUAUGGCUCCUAAUCCUCCUACUAAUGAUGAAUUACCAGAAGCAUGCAGGGAGGAAUUACUUCAAUAUUCUGAGCAUGUGAAAAAGUUGGGCCACACAAUAUUUGAGUUACUAGCAGAGGCACUUGGGCUGAAGCCCAAUCACUUGUUGGACAUGGAUUGUGCAAAAGGCCAUUUCAUUCUUUGUCAUUACUAUCCACCUUGUCCUGAGCCCAAUAAGACACUUGGAAUCACUAAGCAUACAGAUCCAGAUUUCUUUACCAUUCUUCUACAAGAUCAAAUUGGUGGCCUUCAAAUUUGUCAUCAAAAUCAAUGGAUUGAUAUUCAUCCUGUGACUGGAGCCCUAGUUAUCAAUCUUGGUGACCUUAUGCAGCUUCUAUCAAAUGACAAGUUCACAAGUGCUGAGCAUAGAGUAUUGCCAAAACAAAUUGGACCAAGGAUUUCAGUUGCAUGUUUUUUCACUACUCAAUUUCAGCCAUUUGAUAGGCUUUAUGGACCAAUAAAGGAAUUGUUGUCUCAUGAAAAUCCUGCAUUGUACAAAGAAACGACAGUGAGAGAUUAUGUGUCCUAUUAUAACUCCAAUGGACUUGGAAAUAGCCCUUCACUACUCAAUUUAAGGCUCUAAAUUGCCUAAUUCAGCUCAACCCGUCCAUUUGACACAUGCUUUAGAUAUUGAUUUACCAUCGUUGUUUCAAUAAUAAGUUUGAAAAUAAAUGGAAAGUAGGUAUCUAGUAUCUACUCCUUUAUGAUUUGGUUUUC